AUGGGUGAUCCAGAGAAGGGCCAGUUCUCGCUCACUUUGACACCGACGGGCCGAGAGCCGCAUACCCCAGAGCCAAAGCCAGAAACUGCCGAUGCACAGCCGGACAGUGGGAUGUUCGAUCGGACUCCCCUUGAAGAUGGCCAAAACGAUCUCAUUUCAGAGCGCGGGGACGAGUGGGCCGCUCUAGAGAAGCGGGUACGAUGGAAAGUCGAUCUCCGUCUCUGUAGCAUCGGCGGGCUCUUAUGCAGUCUCAAUUUGCUAGACUCGGGCAUUUUAUCUUCGGCUUCGGUGACGACUAUGCUCGAAGAUCUUGACUUGAACCAAGGGAAUCGGUACUCCGUCUCCAUUUUUAUUUUCACAAUCGCCAGUGUGGUCUUCCAGCUGCCGUGCACAGUAGCAGUUCGCAUUGUCGGUCCGCGCAUCUGGUUCUCGACAAUCACAUUCGCAUUUGGGCUGUUGACACUGUGCACUGCUUUUGUUCGCAACUGGCAGCAGAUGAUUAUCCUCCGUGUGCUGCUGGGUAUUUCCAUGUCUGGUAUUUACCCUGGUCUGACCUACCUGGUUAGCGCCUGGUACCCGCGACGAGAGCAGCAGCUCCGAUUUGCAUUCUUGCAGUCCGGGGAAGUUGUGAUUCUGGCGACUGGCAAUAUCGUCAACUUCGGUCUCAAUCACUUGAACGGCGUGGCCGGGUUAGCGGGCUGGCGCUGGAUGUAUAUUGUCCAGGGUCUCAUUACUUGUGUUCUGGGGUUCAUUACCUACUGGUGGAUGGUUGACUUCCCCGAGAACUCCCAGCGCAGCUUUUGGUUUCUUUCGGACCAGGAAGCACGUGUCGCAACGCGCCGAAUCCAAGAUGAUCGAGCUGAUGUUAUCCCGGAACCGUUUUCCUGGCGUACGCUUCUUGCUAACUUCAAGGAUCCGAAGAUCUAUGGCUUUGCGGUCAUGUUUUUCUUGCUCAAUCUCAUUUCGACUGCAUUAUCGUACUUCCUACCCAUCAUCUUACAAUCGGGUAUGGGUUUCAGCUCAAAUAAAUCCAUUCUGCUCUCCACACCGCCCUACUAUUAUGCUGUAAUCCCGGUUAUCCUCACAUCACUUAUCGGAGAUUACUACCGCGUUCGUGGGCCGCUCAUCGUCUUCAAUUCCCUUGUCCUCAUAGCUGGGUUCCUGAUGUUCGGUCUUCCCGCAUCCAACCUCGUCACAGUGCGAUACAUCGGGACCUUCUUGGCAACCGGUGCUUAUAUCUCGAAUUGGGCUGCCCUCAACGCUUUCCAGGCCAACAAUAUCGUAGGCCAGUGGAAACGAGUGGUCACUGCGGCGGCGAUCACUGCAUGUAACGGACUUGGAGGUGUGGCAGGCAGCUAUAUUGUCCGCCAGCAAGAAGCACCCCAAUAUCUAACCGCAGUCUGGGUGUCAAUUGGUUCCCACAUUCUUCUCAUUGCCAUCGUGGGUGCAUUCACAAUUUACUUUUACAUUGCCAAUCGGCAGCAAGGGCGGGGAUCAAUAGUUCUUGAGGGUGUGUCUGGUUUCAGAUACACUUAUUGA